UCACGAAAUCGCCGAACCCGACAGACCCAGGCAGCCCAGGUCGCUGGCAUCGCACGGCACCCAGACGACGGGCGAGCGAGCGAGCGAAAGAGAGAGCUCGACUCGUCUGUUUUAACGCCACCUCGCGUCCCAGCGGGCAUCAGAAAUCCAACACCACACCAGACCCCCCGCGACCUCGCCGCGAGUUGCUCAGUCGCAGCAAGGCGGGCCACAGAGCGGGGCGAGGCGAGGCGAGCGUUCCGGCUGCGUUGCGCGGGCUCGAUCUCCCAUCCAGGGAGGGAGGGAGGGAGGGAGGGAGGGAGAUCUCUCCCCUCGUGCGGGGGCGCGGGGAAGCGGGCGUCGCGUGCGGCGGCGCGGCGGGGCAAAUGCGGGUAGGCUCGCGGGUGGAGGAGCGGUGAGGCGGAGGCCGGGGAGCGAUGCAGGCGGAGCAGCGGCAGCGGAGGAAGGGUUCAUCAGAGAUGGAUUUCUUCAGUGAAUAUGGUGAUGCUAACAGAUACAAAAUUCAAGAAGUCGUUGGCAAAGGAAGUUAUGGUGUCGUUUGCUCAGCUAUUGACCAACAUACGGGUGACAAGGUGGCAAUCAAGAAAAUACACAAUAUCUUUGAGCACUUAUCUGAUGCUGCCCGGAUCCUUCGUGAGAUCAAAUUACUUCGACUAUUACGGCAUCCUGAUAUAGUUGAGAUCAAGCAUAUAAUGCUGCCUCCGUCAAGGAGAGAUUUCAAAGAUAUCUAUGUUGUCUUUGAGCUAAUGGAUACAGACCUCCACCAAGUCAUCAAGGCUAAUGAUGACUUAACCAAAGAGCAUCAUCAGUUCUUUCUCUAUCAGAUGCUUCGCGCACUGAAAUAUAUUCAUACUGCUAAUGUUUAUCAUCGUGAUUUGAAGCCGAAGAAUAUAUUGGCCAAUGCUAACUGUAAACUUAAAAUAUGUGAUUUUGGACUGGCAAGAGUGGCAUUCAAUGACACAUCUACAACAGUGUUCUGGACGGAUUAUGUUGCUACAAGAUGGUAUAGGGCUCCUGAACUGUGUGGAUCUUUCUUUUCUAAGUAUUCACCAGCUAUUGACAUAUGGAGUAUUGGCUGCAUUUUUGCGGAGAUCUUAACAGGGAAGCCUUUGUUUCCUGGAAAAAAUGUGGUCCACCAGUUGGAUUUAAUGACUGAUCUCUUGGGUAUACCAUCGCUCGAUACAGUUUCCAGGAUUCGGAAUGAGAAGGCAAGAAGGUACUUGAGUAGCAUGAGGAAAAAACAGCCAGUACCAUUUUCUGAGAGGUUUCCGAAAGCAGACCCUGCUGCACUCAAACUUUUGCAGAGGCUUUUAGCAUUUGACCCCAAGGAUAGGCCAACUGCUGAAGAGGCAUUGGCUGAUCCAUAUUUUAAAGGCCUUGCGAAAGUAGAGAGAGAACCAUCAUGCCAACCAAUAACAAAAAUGGAAUUUGAGUUUGAGCGACGAAAGGUGACCAAAGAGGACAUCAAGGAACUUAUAUUCCUGGAGAUAUUGGAGUAUCAUCCUCAACUUCUCAAAGAUUACAUGAAUGGAACUGAGAAAACAAACUUUCUAUAUCCUAGUGCUGUUGACAAUUUCCGGAGACAAUUUGCUAACUUGGAGGGAAAUGGAGGAAAGAGUGGGACACUCAUCCCCUCAUCAGACAGGAAGCAUGUUUCUCUCCCAAGGACUACUACAGUUCAUUCUAAUCCGAUUCCUCCAAACGCAACUUCUCAAAUUCCCCAAAGGAUUCCAGCAGCUAGACCAGGAAGAGUGGUUGGACCAGUAAUACCAUUUGAGAACUCGACUCUUGUUGAUCCAUACAGUCAACGAAGGGUGGCGAGGAAUCCAGUACUUCCUCCAGCCACCUCUAACCUAUCAGCAUACACCUACCAUCGAAAGUCUGUCAACUCAGACAGAGAGCUCCAACAGGAGCUUGAAAAAGAUCACAUGCAGUACCAGCCAGCACAGCGUUUCAUGGAUGCCAAGGUAGUGCCACAGAUGUCUCCUGACUUGAGGUCUUCCUACUACAUACCGAAAGGUGUCCUGAAAGCUGAUGUUGCCGAAAGAGCUGCGUUGCAGUCUAGCAUGAUUCAGGGAAUCACCCCUUUUGAUGGCAUUGCUGUUGGCUACAACAAGGUCAAUGCUGUUCAAUAUGGAGUUUCUAGGAUGUACUAGUUGCAUUUGUCACCUCCUAACUCCUCAGCUGAGUUGAAUUAAUAACGUGGGGAAGAUCGAAAAGAAGCCAGUUUCAAACAACUCCCCUAGUGGCCUUAUGAGCCAAAUGUUCAGACAAUGGAUCAAAGAUUUCUGAUCGAGGAGGAAGUGCGAUGUCUGAUGGAAAAUAACAGUUAUCCUCCUGUCCAUUUGAUCCAGCUCGUCAAGGAACGCAAUCAGUUAUUUCUGAGAAGAAAAAAAGAAGGGGCGGAGAGGAUUACAGGGAAAGCUAUGUACUUUGAAAGAAAGGAAACCUCUGGCAAUAAAAAUAGCGAGCUUCUGUAUAUACAGUGACUUGAUAUUUAUUAUUACUGCUGUAGACAGCCGCUUCUUUAAUUUGUGGAAUUUUGGUGUACGUUUAGCUCUGUAAUAUCAAAGUAACAAUGCUAAUUGCCAGGAUGAUAGGGCAGUCCAGAUUGAUAACAGCAGUUAGCUUAGUUCUUUCUUCUUUUCUUUAUUUUAUUUUAUUUUGAGAAAUGAAAUUUAACUCAGUUGCAUUAA